AUGGACCAGCUACCCCUUGAAGUGCUCCACAUCAUAUGUGAGGACAUAUCUCAGUCUUUCCCAAGGGGUUUACGCGGCCUGAGCACAGUAAACAAAUCUCUCUAUCAUGCAGCAUUGCCAUUUCUAUACCAAAGAUUUCGGCUGCAAUUUGGAAAUAAAGAGAGUCUUGAUCUCGUCAUUAACAAUGUCUUGAACCACCCAUGGAGUCCAAAUGUUCUCAACUACACGCGACGUCUUGAUGUGAUUUGCCUGGGUGGACCAAGCCCUCCGAGCCGGAUUCGCCAACCACUAGCCUACAAGACUUAUGGUCUCGGACCAUUCCAGGAGACUGAUCUCACAUAUGAUGAAACCGCAGAAGAUAUGCUUCGGCGGGUGUCCCUGCUUGAGAAGCCCCAAUGGGACUCGCUGGUUUCCCUGAUAUCGAAAUUGCGCUCCCUGACAGAGUUCAACUACUCGAUGUUGAAUGUGUUUCCUCGAUGCUUGCUUGAAGCCAUCCACCAAAGACACCCUUUAUGCAAGCUUAACAUCCACACCUUUUUCCUUCCGAGUCUGCUGAAACCUCAGAUGAAUCCUGAUGAGCUGGAGCUCAUUUGCUCACCCUGCCUCCAUUCAGUUCAAAGCACGGGCUGCUAUAAAUAUGCCGAUGGCAUGAAAAAUUCCCAUGCGGAGCAUUUUUACCGAGUGAUGUCUACCGCGCCGAAUCUCAAACAUCUGCAAUUCCGGGAACGGGGCCUGGAUUCUUCAGAUGUCCAGUUGGCAGCUAGUGAUGUUCCCAGACCGCACACAAAGGGACCUCCAGUCGAGACUUUACGCCAAGGGAGCUUGGAAUCUCUCUCGUUUUCUUCUACAGGGAUGUUGAUACAGGGAAAGCUGCGAAACUGGAGUCAUCAGACAGACUUUUCCAAGCUACGAGCGCUCAAUGUGGGCAACGUUACUAUACCUGAACUGGCCAGAUCAAUUGCUCAGUAUUCUUUCGCCCGCCUGGAGAAGCUAUCUUUGACAAUUGAUCCUGCGAUGGAGUGCGACGGGCUUGAAGAGAGCGUUGAAGAGAUGCUGGGGGUCUUGAACCCGCUGAAAAAUCUGAGGAUAACCGGCUAUCUGCACCCAGAAUCUCUGAGGAGAGUUAUUGUCCGACACGGGCCAACGUUGCAGGGGCUUGGUCUUAUGCCCCCUGGAUUGAGCCGAACUCGGAGCCAGGGCCGUCUCACGCACAAAGACAUUGUGUCUAUUGCCCAACAUUGCCCUAGCCUGACGGAGCUGCGGCUGUAUCUCCAACGCUCGCACGGCGAUCAACGCGAGACGCAAUUUUAUCAGGCGCUCGGCCAAUUUCCUCGGCUACAGACACUGGCGCUGGAGCUCAAUCUUGAUUUCAAUCAUAGUCGACAAGGCAGAAAUGCGCCUCUCCACCGGGAGCUGUCUUCCUUUGAGAAGAGAUGCUAUAAAAAAAGCUUAACCAGCAAUUUUCAAGUCCAGAGCGGCAUCAUCAACAGUUCCAUCUGCGAGGACCUGGCACUCGCCGUCUGGGAAACAAUUGCAUUAAGCCAGUCAAGCCGUCGGUUGCGAACAUUGGAAAUCUGCUGCAUGAAAGGUAUCGGAAUGCACACGAGGGUCGGACUAGGAAUGGGCAGGGGCAAGGCCACCAACCCCAAGGCAUUGGUUCACAGCCUCGAGGAACUGCCGCGCUCUUACUUCAUCACGCGAAACGAGCCGGAUAGGUACGGGAGUCCGGCUGCAUUCGAAAUCGUGGAGCAAUCUCUCCCCUAUCCCAAAUGUUUGCAACCGCGUCAUGCGGACACCGCCGAACAUGGUUUCAGAUCGUUGCAGCGCCUCGACCGGGCCUUUGAGCUUAUUUGGCCUUCGCAGCCUGAGCACCGGCACUGGCGGCCUUUCUGGAUGGAUUUUCCCUUGCAGAAAACGGUUCAAGCUCGCUUGAGCAGGGAGGGCAGGUGGCUGACUGAAGAAGGGUUCCAGAGAUAA